CCCCGCUUUGGGCUUGCGAGCUCUCACGAGAUCGGGCACAAGCGUGACACAAUUGUGUAAACAAUGAAUUGUAAUUUAUUAUAAUGGACGCAUAAUAAUGGACUGUAUUCGUUGAGCUUUAAACGUGACAUUAAACUUGAGCGAUGCCGAGGGCCGCGGUGCGGAGUCGCCGCCGUGAUGCUGGUUCCGGGGCCCCUGGCGGCGGCUGGGCCCUGAGACACGCGGAGACGCUGGGAGACUCUGAGAGACGCUGAGAGACUCUGAGAGACGCUGAGAGACUCUGAGAGACGCACGGAGAGACGCACGGAGAGACGCUGGGAGACGCUGAGAGACUCUGGGAGAGGAGGAGGAGGCGGCGGCGCGUGAUGAUCCGCUUCGUGCUGCUGGUGAACGCGCAGGGCCGCGUGCGCCUCUCGCGCCACUUCGAGCGCCUCGGGGCGGCGCGCAGGAGGCUCGUGGAGGCCGCGGCGGCGCGGGCCGGGCUGGGGGCCGGAGACGGCGACCAGUGCUCGUUCGUGGACUACAAGGACUAUCGCCUGGUGUCACGCCGCUACGCCGCGCUCUACUGCAUCGUGGGCAUCGAUUCGGAAGAGAAUGAGCUGGAGAUCUACGAACUAAUUCACAACUUCAUAGAGACACUGGACAAGUACUUCAAUCGCGUGUGUGAACUUGCCGUAUCCUUUGAAGCUCACGAUGCUUUACGAGCAGUAAGUUCUGGCUGAUCAUGUUUAACCUGGAGAAGGUGCACAUGGUGUUGGACGAGAUGGUGGUGAAUGGGCGCGUGGCUGAGACGAGCCAGACUCGCAUCCUGGCUCCCAUCUACUUGAUGGAGCGUGCCGACCAGAGCCAGUAAAG